AGUGUCAGCUGGAGGAAAAGCGGAGAGAGGACGUUCGUGUUUUACCUUCUCUCUUUUACUUUCGCUAAGGUGGAAGAAACAUAAGCAUGAGGACGUGAAAUGUAUGCUAACAGUUCGCUAACCUGCUUGGGCAGUUAGAAUGGUCAAGCUUUGCAGAGAAAAGGGCGGAAAAUUACCUUUGUUGCCCAGCGCGAGGAACCAGUGUGAAAGAAGAAUAGAUUUACAUUGCGCGUUCUAGUUCAACGUAUUUCUGGAAUCGCUCAGCCUGGAGAGGCUCUCAUCAAGUCAUGUCUUUUGAAUUUCGAAUAUUGAUGUAUGGAAUCGGGACUGUCCUUGUUAUAUUUGUCAUUAUAUCCGAAAUAUCGGAAGUAGAAGAAGAAAUCGCGAACAUUGAGGAUUCACAGAAAUAUCCCUUUAAAAGCUUUGUCCUUCAGUCCAACAGAAAUUCGGUCCUGAAUGCUAUUCCUACAUCCCUUGUCAGCUACAGCAAAGGCAUAGUCUCUUCCUCUCCAGCUACACUGCCACGAAUAAAAAGCAAAACCAGCAAUUUGUCCUCACCUGAAUGGACUUUUAACAGAACCUUGUCUAACCUCAUCAGGAAAAACAUUUUGAGGUUCCUAGAUGCUGAGAGGGACAUCUCAAUUCUUAAGAGCACCUUUAAACCCGGUGAUGUCAUUCAUUAUAUUUUUGACCGCCAGAGCACCACAAAUAUCUCUGAGAACCUCUACCACCUCCUGCCGACAGCAUCCCCCAUGAAGAACCAGCAUCAUAAACAAUGUGCCAUCGUAGGGAAUUCUGGGAUAUUACUGAAUAGCAGUUGUGGUCGAGAGAUUGAUGCGCAUGACUUUGUCAUCAGGUGUAACCUGGCUCCAGUGGAAGAGUAUGCUGCUGAUGUGGGCUUGCGCACCAGUCUGGUGACCAUGAACCCUUCUGUGGUGCAGCGUGCCUUUCAGGACUUGAACAGUGAGGAGUGGAUACAGCGCUUCGUCCACAGGCUGCAGAGCCUCAGUGGAAGUGUGCUGUGGAUCCCUGCCUUCAUGGCCAAAGGAGGAGAAGAGAGAGUGGAGUGGGCCAUCCGCCUCAUUCUUUUACAUACUGUCAACGUCCGCACUGCCUUCCCCUCCCUGCGCCUGCUCCAUGCCGUCCGAGGGUACUGGCUGACCAAUCACGUCCCGAUCAAGAGACCUACCACUGGACUCCUGAUGUAUACCAUGGCCACACGUUUUUGUGAUGAGAUCCACCUAUAUGGCUUCUGGCCUUUCACAAAUGAUCCUAAUGGCAAACCAGUCAAAUAUCACUAUUACGACAAGCUAACUUACCAAUACACAUCUGGUGCCAGUCCCCACACAAUGCCUCUGGAAUUUCAGACUUUAAGUGCUCUUCACAGACAGGGGGCACUGCGACUGCACACAGGACCAUGUAAACCUCCAACAUGAGCUGUGCUUCUAAAGCCUCUGAUGAUGCUCAUUUGAAGUGGUUAGCGUGUCAUACACUGAGAAAAAACAAAAAAAACAAACCUGUGGAAGACUUGUGUAAGAUAGAUUUUGCAAAUAGCGACAGAUCCUGUAAAGAAUUUAGUUAGCCUGAAUUUGUCAGGGGAAUAUCUGACUUAUUAUGACCAAAUGAGAAUGCAAUACAUGGACAGAAUGGGGUGUGUGUGUGUGUGUGUGUGUGUGUGUGUGUGUGUGUGUGUGUGUGUGUAUGUAUGUGUGUGUCAGUCAAAAGGAAAGCAAUUUUUUUUAGUACCCAAGGAAGGUUAUUUAAAUAUUUUCUUGUCCGUCACUUAUUUACAUCCCAUAACAAAUAUCUUAAAUCAAAUUGGUUUAUUAUUGUUAUUUUAAGUGGCUACUUUGAAUGUCUCAUGCUCAUGGAAGCAUAUCUGUGAGAGAAUAAAAUAGGAUUUUCAGCCUAUACAGAUAGCCUAAGCAUUUUGGGCGUAAAAAUUGUUGUAACUUGAGUUAAGAAUGUAAUUUCUUUGUUGCCUUUAUAGUUGCCUUUUUAUGUGUUUGUUUGUUAUGCCCAUAGACAGCAUGACUGCAGUGCCAGUCACACAAUGCUGUGUUUGUAGUACAAGGUACAAUUUAGACAUCUAUAUUUUAGCAAUAACAUAAUAUUUAAAUUGUUUAAAAAUGGGUUUCACCACUACCGUUACGUACAUUUGUUUUUUUAACAAUAAUUUAGUGCCUGAAGUCAGGGCCACAAUGGUCCUCUAUGGUUUAGCUUACUCAUUGGGACCCAUAGAAAUUUUGUCCCUGGCCCUGUGAAUUUAAGGGACAGCCCUGACUGAAGUAGGAAAAAAAAAAAAAAAGACUUUUGCUGCAUUGUACCCAAAUGACACUUGAUAAAGUUGCCUUAGAAAGAUAUUGUGAGUAGUGUCGUGACCAUUAGCAGGUGUCAAAUUUACUCUGUUCCUACAGAAGAAGUUGUCGUAUUUUCUAAAGCUCUGAAAUGUUAUUGUUCAGUAAUACUUGUGUUGGGGGAACAUGUACUACAACCCUCUAAACACGUUUGGCGUUUGGUGCCGGGUUUUAAGAUGUUUGUACAGCAAAGGCAGCUAUCACAGUGAAUGGAGCCGCACAGUAAAUGCUAAUAACUAUUUGGAAGCCAAAUCCAGAACACUCCCAGCUGUUCACACACUUGUGUAUACUCAAGGAUGGUCAACUGGAAACAGCGUUUGGGUACGUUGACUAUGUAAACUUAAAAAUGUGUUGAAGCCACAUAGUAUCUUCUUUAGAUAACAAAAAGUGGCUUUUCGGGUGGGGGCAGGGGAUGAAAUGUUUUGCAGUUCUUUUGUAUGUGACAUACAGUACUUGUUUAAGUGAAUGUAUUUGUGAUAAGUUAUGAAUAAAGA